AUGUCGGUUCAGGUGGACGCUCUGAUUGGCCGGAACCACAUUUUCAAGCGGAGCAUUAUCCUGGUGAAGGCCUGGUGUUACUACGAGAGUCGAAUUCUUGGGGCCCACCACGGGCUCAUCUCCACAUACGGCCUGGAGACCCUCGUUCUGUACAUUUUCCACGUGUUCCAUAAGGAGCUGCACAGUCCGUUGCACGUGCUUGUCAAGUUUCUGGAGGUAUUCAGCAAGUUUGACUGGGAGCAGUUUUGCCUCAGCCUCAAAGGCCCCGUUCCUCUCUCGUCUCUACCCACCAUGCUCGCUGAGAGGCCUGGUGGAGUAGAGGACCUGCUCCUCACAGACGAGUUUCUGGCAGAAUGCUAUGCCAAGUACUCACUGGCUCCCAUGGUCCAGAAGCGGCCGUUCAUGGUCAAGUUCCUGAACAUCAUUGACCCUCUCCUGGACAAUAAUAACCUCGGCCGCAGCGUCAGCAAAGCCAACUUCUUCCGCAUCAGGAGCGCACUGGCGUACGGCUCGCGCAAGCUGAACGCGGCGCUGAACGGCCCAGAGGAGCUGGUGGCUCUGGAGGUGGACCGGUUCUUCCGCAACACGUGGGUCCGCAACGCCUCUGGCUCGCGCCCAGACGGCUCCAACCACGAGUUCGUGCUCCAGCACAUGCCCCGCCGCUUGCCGCUCUUCGCCCAGCCGAUGCCGCCCCCGGUGCAACCCGGAGGCGUGGCACCCGCAGCUGCAGGCGCGGCAUCAGGGGCAGGGGUAGGAGCAGGAGCAGUGGCAGGGGUGGGGACAGGUGUUUAUGCUGUUAGGCCGGUCGUGAGUGUUGGUGGGGGGUACCGGGGGCAAGUGAACGCAGCAGCGGCUCAUGAGAACAAGCCUCCGGGGGAGGGGGAUGUUAUGCGGGCGCCAUACUCCCAUGGGGGGCAGCAUGGCGUGGUGAUGAACGGAAACAUGGCCGGGCAUGUUCCUGGGAACGUGGCUGGAAACAUGGGUGGGAAUAUGGGUGGGAACAUGGGGAGGCGGCAGCAGGUGCAGGCGUCGGAUGGGCCCCACCGGGUGCCAUAUGGGGGAGGUCAUACCUGGAUCCCUGCUCCUCUUUUCCCUGUGCCUGCUAAUGUGGCGCAUGUUCCCGCAACCCUUCACAGAACAGUACAGGUGGAUGAUCAUGCUGUGCAGGCAGGCACACACGAAGCCACUGUGAGACCGUCUGAGAAUAGUGUCCGUCCCUUGGAGCAGGCCGUUCGUGCUGCUGAAAGUAAAGCUUCUGUGGAGCAAGACGCGUUGGUGAGUGAGCUUGUGGAGAGGAAGAAGGCGGGAAGUGUGGAUGCACGCCCAAGGGAGGAGCAACGAAGCGGGAGUGAACGGAGUGGAGGAAACGAGAGGAACGAAGCGAGUGAAAGGAAUGAAAGAAUUGAAGGGAGUGAAAGCCAGGGCGCACAGCAGGGCGCACAGGGAGGGUUGGACGGAGCAGGGAGUGCAGGACCUGCUGUUAGCUCAGGGAAAGGCGAGAGGGAGGCAACAGCAAGGCAAUCAGAGGCACCGGCACGAGGUCAAAAAGAAGAAGUUGGUUCCGGCUCACGCUCUGCCAAGGGAGCAUCAAGAGUCAUGUCCAGCACCAGUUCCCCCACACCCGACACCAUUCUCACCACCAUAGACGCCCGUUCCCAACCCGUACAACCCAGUGCGCCCCCUGCUCCGCUCGGUCCUCCUCUAGGCCCCCCAGCCAGCUCCUCCGCAGGUCCCUCACCACUCCCCCAUGUCAGCCCGUUUCCGUUCCCGCCUGGGCUCCUCAUAAUGGCCUCUACCCCCAACGGCCCCUGCCUUGUCCCUCUCUCCGCCUUCCCAGGGGCGCUUCACCCGCGACUGCUACAGAUGCCCAUGCAGCAGCUGCAGGCGUUUGGCUCCCAGCCGCUCCCUGUUUCAAACUCGGAUGGUUCCGCGUCACUGCCUCCAGCCCCUCAGCUCUUUCCCUAUAUGGCUCUUCCCAUGCCCCUGCCAUCAGCAGCAGGCUUUCCACAGGUCCCUGGUCUUGUGCCCGUGCGACCGGGAGGGCUGGAAGGGGAGGGACCGUACAGGGGGUUGUUUGGUGUGAGUGACAGUGCGUCUUUCACAGAUGGCUCCGAGGUUUCAGACGCAGCAGCAGGUGCUGCCGCUGUUGCUGCUGCUGCUGCUGCUGCUGCUGGUGCUGCUGCUGGUAGCGGUGGUGAUGGUGGUAGGGGAGACUCAGGUGCUGCACCUGCUGCUGUGCCACCUCCUAUGUUGUGGCAAAGGAUGGACCAGCUGCAACAGGUGUCAGGCUCGAAGCUGCAGGAGCCAAGGCAAGCACCGGGAGAGAUGAUCGGAUCAGCAGCAGGAGCAGCAGAGGGAGUGCAGGCCCCAUUACCCGAGGGCGUCAAGUCAGUCACACCCCCUCCAGGGCACGUCCCGUUCAUUCCCCUCAUCCGACCUGCCUCCGGCGCCCCUCCCUUCGCCCAAAUUCCCGGCAUGGCCCCGUUCCUCCCGCAAAUCCCCAUCAGAGCGCUGCAUCUCGCGCCCCCUUGGAUGUUCCCCCCGCAUGCCCAUGCGCCCAUGCAAGCCCAGGGCGCUGGCGUGGCAGCAGGUGAUUGGUCGGAUGGGCUGGCCAGGGCGGGUUCGCCUAUGGGUGGUAACGCUCUGGGUCUGUCUGGGUCUGCAGCGGUGGGGGCGAGUGCUGAUGGUGAUGGGAGGGAGGUGGAGAAAACAGGAGCAGGGCUCGUGGCAGGACUGGGGGCAGGACUGGGGGCAGGAGCCAGGGCAGGUCCCAGGGCAGCAGCAGGGGCGCCCGUGGUGUUUGUAGGAGAGGGAAAGGCAGGUGUUGCCACUAGCAGCAGCAGUGGUGGCGAUGCCAGUGGGUGGAGUGGUGGUGGGAUUGCCGGGCCACAGCUGACCCCGUUGACCCCGUUGACCUCCACUGGUUCGCCUUUGGUGGGUUCGUCAGCCAUGCCAUUGGGCAGGGAAUCUCCAGGGCAGUCACCUGCCCUGAAUAGACCCUCCCCAGGCGUACCCGCCCCAAGUAGACCCUCCCCAGGUGCGCCCACCCCUCUGCUCCACCCGACGUCUGCCAUUCCGUCAUCCACGUUUGGCCCAUCCAAACCAAGCACCGAUCCCACAAAGCAGCAGCCAUAUGUCCCAUCCACUUUCCCCACUGGGGUUCCAGGGUCCUCAGGGGUUCCAGGUGUUCAAGGGGGAGGUCCUGGUGCUAACCCAGGGGGCGUAUUCCCCCUCCACCCCUUCUCCCGCCCGUUAGGCCCCCAAGCUGUCCUGCUGUCUCAUCUAGGCGGUCCGCCUGGUGUCUUUCCCUCGUACGUCCUUGCUAAUACUCCCGUCACGCAAGCAGGUGCACCUGGCGCACAGGGCGUAGGGCAGGCUGCAGGAGGCAGUGAGGGAAGCAAGGCGGUGCAGGUGCUGCCCAACCCGCAGCUGCUGCAGCCAAGCACGUUCCCUCCUGGGGCGAUACCAGGUGGAAUCUCAGGUGGGCUCUCAGGUGGGCCAUACUCCUUCAUGCUCAUGUAUGCCCCCCAAGCUGGCAUGCUCCCGGGCGGCAGUGUGCCAGGUAUCGUGCGGUCAGAAUCCGCCCAAGAAACAGUGAGGCUUGCACCUCCUGUGCCCCCAUCUUCCAGUGUAUCGGCCUCUGCUGUUUCUCCUUCUGUCGUUGAAACAUCAGCAUCAGCAUCAGCAGCUGGUGCCUGUGAUACAGCUGCUCCCUAUCCUCUCUCCUCAUCCCCUUCCUCCUCCUCCUCCUCGAUGCCCUCCUCAUCCUCCCUCUCGGUGCGUGCACGGUCCAAUCCCGUGGCCACAAGAGACCCCUCAGCCUCCACCGCCAGUGCUCCACGUGUGGUGCGAGGCAGGGGCGGCAGCGGCGGGGGGAGUGAGGGCGUAUUAGCAGAGCCACGCAGGGGGGGCAGUGGAGUGGGGGGCGAAGGUGGGUUAGCAGAGGCACGGGCUGAUGCUGCUGGGGAGGCUGGGUCUUGGGGCAGUGGGGAGGGGGCGCAUAGGAGCACAGCGGACGGGGCACAACGAGGCCAUGGGUCCACUGGAGGUGUAGUGAGAGGGGAGGUGCGGCAGUCAGGUGGAGGGAAGCAGCAACGAGGGGGCACAAGAGGAGAGGAUGGACGAGGAGAAGGGAGUGGAAGGGGCGAGGGGAGCGGAAGAGGAGAAGGGAGUGGGAGAGGCGAGGGGAGUGGGAGAGAAGGGGGUGGAAGGGAAGGGAGUGGAAGAGGAGGAGAGAGAGGCGGGCAGCGAAGGGGAGAGGCCCAGGAUAUGGGGGAGCAGGCGGAGCAGCCGUCCUCAAAACUCCUCCAACAACAACAGCAGCAGCAGCAGCAGCCAGUGGGUCUCAAGGGAGCACUAGGGACGUCCCAACCACAGCAGGGUCAGGUUCAGGGUGCCGAGCCUGCCGAGCUGGACCGGCGAGUGCCCGAACCAGAUGACGAGCCACUAGCCUCGGCAGAAACAGUGACCAUCAGUUGGAGGUCGUCCUUACGGCCCGGGGAGGAAAGGCAGGCGGCAGGGAAAAGGGCACAGAGAACUUCCCAGCAGCAGAUACAGCCCACGGGGUGGGGAGAACCGGAGGCGGCUGGUGAGGGUGGGGGUAGUGCCUCAGUGGUGAGUGCCAGGGAGAGAGGAGGGCUCAGCAGUACUGGGGGGAAGGCAGAGAGCAGGAGCAGCGCUGGCAAGGGAGCUGCAGGCUCAGCUUUGUCGCCUGCAGCGUCGGCGGUGCCACUGUCUCUGCGGUCGAUGUCGCCUCGGGCGGGUGGGAAGGGGAGUGCGGGCGUAGGGGCGGGUCGGAGUGGGCAGAGUGGGAGCGGAAGUGGCUCCCCGGUGUUGAACUCUCCCAAAGCAGGGAAAAGAAUAAGAGGGGAAGACGCUCUAUAUGAACUCAAGGACGAGGAUUUCCCCCCGUUGCACACUCCCAAGGAUUCCGGGGAGGUGUGGGCGGAGAUUGUGGCGCAGCUAGGGGGAAACGGGGAACGGGAGGCGGAGGCGGAGGCGGUGGUUGAGGGGGAAAGGGAGGGGACAGGCGAGGCGGAGUGGGAGAGGCGGGGGAAAGAUUCGAGGGGAAAGAGGGAGGAUGGGGUGAAAUGGUGGGAGGGGAAGGUGGGGGGGAGAGUGCAGCCGGAGGCAGUGUUGGAGGAGCUACAUAUUAGGGACUUCGCGCUGGUGGAGCACCAGGGACUUUGCGCUGGUGGAGCACCAGGCGCUGCAUUUCUCGCCUGCUUUCAACGUGUCACAUCCCCUGCCUUCCCUCUUUCCCUCACCCAUGCUUGCCUCUCGCCCCCCUCUCUCUUUCCCAGGGACUUCGCUCUGGUGGAGCGCCAGGUGCUGCAUUUCUCGCCUGCUUUCAACGUCAUCACAGGCGACAGCGGGUCCGGCAAGUCAAUCAUCGUGCAGGCAAUAGGGCAGGUACUGGGAGCAGCAGCAUCUGAGGACUCUGUACGAUCUCCAGCCCUCUCCUCCUCUCUCUCCGCGCAUCUCUCCCUCUCCCCCUCCGCCUCUCACUCCCUCCUGCAAUUCCUCAGGCAGGAAGGUAGGCUAGAUGUGGUGAAGGCCGUUACUGGGGGAGGUGGUUUAGCUGAUGGUGCAGGUGAUAAAAACGGAAAGCAGGAGGAGCGUGGUUCAGGGAUGAGCAGUGCUGGUCGUGUGAGAAUGAAGGUGAUUCUAGAAAGGGAGAUUUUCCGCUCUGUUGCUGCUGAUGGUGAUGCUUAUAGCGAGUCUGAGGCUGAUGGCAGCAGCAACAGAGGAGGAAGCAGCAGCAAGAGCGGAGGCAAGAGCGGGAGCAAGGGCAGGAGCACGAGUGGAAGCACGGGCAAGAAGAGCAGCAAGGCGCGGAGUGUGUGCCGGGUGAAUGGGGUGGUGGUGCCUCUGAAGGCUCAGCAGGUGUGGGAGGAGCAGAAGAGGCUGCAGGAGGCAGGGGGGGAGCAAGCGUUAAUGGUGCUGCAGGAACUGGUUGAGGAUGUGGAGAGACUGGGACUUAAGGAAGGUGAGGUGGAGGCGAUACGGGAGGAGAUCAGGGAGCAUGAGCGGGCAGGCAGGGCAGCUGAGAGUUGCAGCCGUGCGCAUGGGAUGCUGGAGGGCUCUGGAGCGUUAGGCGUGCUGCAUGGGUUGAGUAAGGCUGUGGAGGAGUUGAGAGAGGUGGAGGAGGAGGAGCAGGAGCAGGAAGAGCAGGAGGGGGAGGAGGAUGAGGGGAUUGGGAGGAAAGGGAGGAGGGGAGGGAGGGGGGGUGCAGGGGGGUAUGUGCAGAGGGGGAGGUUGGAGGAUGUUUCAGCUGCUUUGGAGCUGCUGGGGGAGGCUAAGAUGCUGGUGAACAGAGCGAAGGAUCACGUGGAGUGCUACUUGGACGACUUGCGGUUCUCACGGGAGCGCAUGGACCGGCUCAAAAAGCGGUUGAGAGAGGUGAUGAGCGGUGCAGAGUGA